GCGGGCACCGAGUCAACUGGCGGAACAGCGGGUACCGAGUCGUCUGGCAAGACUGCGGGCACCGAGUCGUCUGGCAAGACUGCGGGCACCGAGUCAACUGGCGGAACAGCGGGCACCGAGUCGUCUGGCAAGACUGCGGGCACCGAGUCGUCUGGCAAGACUGUGGGCACCGAGUCGUCUGGCAUUGGAUCGUCUGGCUCGACAGCGGGCAUCGGGUCACCAGGUAUGACAGCGGGCACUGGGUCACCAGGCAUCAGGUCAUUUGGCUCGCCAGCGGGCACCGUGUCAUCUGGCAAGGCAGUGGGCACCGAGUCACCAGGUACGACAGCGGGCUCUGAGUCAAUUGGCACGACAUCGGGCACCGGAUCAGGUACCGGAUCAUCUGGGUCAACAGCGGGCAUCGAGUCAACUGGCCUAAUAGGAUCAUCAGGCUGGAUCAGCUGAGUAGAGGCAUCCGGCUGAGUAGAGGCAUCCGGCUGAAC